AGAGCAUUGGGAAGAGCAUCUUUUGGCUGGUUUCAACUUUUAAGGCCAAUCUGCAAAACCCCUCUCCCUCGCCAUGGCCUCUCUAGAAAUAGACGGUUCAAGGAGAUCAAAAUCCGUAGAAGAAAUCGACGAGCACGAGUUGUCUCCUAUCGAGGAGGUUCGAUUAACCGUGCCCACCACCGACGAUCCCUCGCUGCCCGUAUGGACGUUUCGAAUGUGGUUUCUGGGUUUGAUAUCAUGUGUGCUUCUGUCCUUCCUCAACACCUUCUUCGGUUACAGGACGGAGCCCCUGGUAAUCACCAUGAUAUCUGUGCAGGUCGCCACGCUUCCGGUGGGACGGUUCAUGGCGAAGGUGCUGCCUAAGACCAAGUUUCGGGUGCCUGGUUUUGGGUCGAGGGAGUACUCUUUGAACCCGGGGCCCUUCAAUGUGAAGGAGCAUGUGCUGAUAUCCAUAUUCGCAAAUGCCGGUGCGGCAUUUGGGAGUGGAACGGCUUAUGCUAUUAGUAUUGUGGAUAUCAUUAAGGCUUUCUACCACAGAGAGAUCUCUUUCUUGGCUUGUUGGAUUCUUGUGAUCACAACCCAGGUUCUAGGGUAUGGUUGGGCCGGGAUUCUGAGGAAGUUCGUAGUUGACCCGGCAGAGAUGUGGUGGCCGAGUAGUCUUACUCAAGUCUCUUUAUUCAGCGCACUUCACGAGAAAGACAAGAAGCGGAUGACAAGAGCGAAAUUCUUCUUAAUCGCACUCAUCUGCAGCUUCUCCUGGUAUGUGGUUCCAGGGUACCUCUUCCCUACCUUGGGAACCAUCAGUUGGGUGUGCUGGGUAUUCCCAAAUUCUAUCACAGCCCAGCAGAUCGGGUCUGGAAUGCGUGGCCUAGGCAUCGGGGCCAUGACUCUUGACUGGUCAGUCAUAGCUUCAUUCCUUGGCAGCCCUCUCAUCACUCCCUUCUUCGCCAUUAUUAAUGUCCUUGCGGGCUAUGUCAUUUUCAUGUACCUUAUCACCCCUGUAGCCUACUGGGGACUUAACGUAUACAAUGCCAAGAACUUCCCUAUCUUCUCCUCCCAUUUAUUCAAUGCCCAGGGACAAAGGUAUAAUGUUUCUGCAAUAGUGAAUAAUAAGUUCGAGAUAGACAUGGAAACAUAUCAGAAGCAAGGACACAUACACCUCAGCAUUUUCUUUUCUAUUUCAUACGGCCUUGGGUUCGCUGCUGUUAUAUCUACUCUCACGCAUGUGGCCUUGUUUAAUGGAAGGGAAAUAUAUAAACAAUUCCGAGCUACAUACAAGGGAAAGGAAGACAUUCACACAAAACUCAUGAAGAAUUACAAGGACAUACCCAACACGUGGUUUCACCUGAUGCUGGGGCUGUCAUUGGCUCUGUCUCUGAUCCUCUGCAUCUUCAUGAAAGAUGAGAUCCAAAUGCCAUGGUGGGGACUCAUCUUUGCAGCAUUCCUAGCAUUGACAUUCACCCUUCCAAUCAGCAUCAUAACUGCUACAACAAAUCAGACACCAGGACUGAAUAUCGUCACAGAAUACCUCAUGGGAGUCAUAUUACCAGGACGGCCAAUUGCUAAUGUCUGCUUCAAAACCUAUGGGUAUAUAAGCAUGGCACAAGCAGUCUCCUUUCUCAAUGAUUUCAAGCUUGGCCAUUACAUGAAGAUUCCUCCCCGAUCAAUGUUUGUGGUUCAGUUGAUUGGGACCAUCAUAGCUGGAACGGUGAACAUUACAGUGGCAUGGUGGCUGCUGACAAGCAUUGAGAACAUUUGCCAGGAUCAAUUACUUCCUCCUAAUAGUCCUUGGACAUGCCCAGGUGAUCGAGUCUUCUAUGAUGCAUCUGUCAUCUGGGGUUUGGUAGGGCCCAGACGAAUAUUUGGGGAUCUGGGAGACUACUCAGCCCUCAACUGGUUCUUUCUCGUUGGCGCACUGGGACCUGUGUUGGUUUGGUCGCUGCAUAAAGCAUUCCCCACACAGAAAUGGAUUUCACUCGUUAACCUCCCAGUACUUCUCGGAGCAACGGGUGCAAUGCCACCAGCUACAACCCUGAAUUUCAACGCAUGGAUCUUUGUUGGAACAAUAUUCAAUUUCUUCAUCUUCAGAUACCGAAAGAGUUGGUGGCAGAGGUACAAUUAUGUUCUCUCGGCCGCACUGGACGCUGGGUUGGCUUUCAUGGGAGUCCUUUUGUACUUCUCACUGACCAUGGCGAACAGAAGUAUAUCCUGGUGGGGUGCGGAAGGUGAGCACUGUGGGUUGGCCUCAUGUCCAACAGCCAAAGGCAUCGUGGUAGACGGGUGUCCUGUACAUUGACACCCUGCAGGACAUCAGUAAACAUAUUUUGUGAAUCUUAAGCAGUUUUCAUUUCCACUGCCUCUCCUAAAGGCAUAAGAAGAUUUUUAGGAUAUCGAUUAAAUGGAACUACAGCAAUUUCUAUUUCUCAAACUCUUAGUUAGAAUCAUUUUAUAUUAAAGGAUGGAGGUAGAUUUAGUUUCAA